AUGUCUGGAAACCAAAGCAACACAAGUGAAAACCAUUGUAUUGUUGACAACAACAGCUUGAUCUUCACUCUGGUUCCACCCUACAUCCUGGUCAUCAGUGUGCUUGGAAUCAUCUUUAAUGUGUUUGUGCUGAUGGUUUUCUGCCUCCACAAGAAGGCCUGCACUGUGGCUGAGAUAUACCUCAGCAACUUGGCUGGAGCUGACCUUGCUCUGGUGUGCUUUUUGCCCUUCUGGGCUGAAUAUACAAGAAAGGGAUUUGACUGGCCUUUCAGUGAAAGCCUGUGCAAAGUGACAUCAGCUGUUAUCUACAUGAAUGCGUUCUGCAGUAUUUACUUCCUUGUUCUGGUUAGCAUAGAUCGUUAUGUGGCACUGGUGCACCCGCUUUCCCAUGAGAGGAUACGCAGGCCGUUUUACGCCAAACUGGGAUGUCUGUUUGUGUGGGGUCUUGGCUUGGUCUUUGCUCUCCCCGUGUUCAUCUACAGGAAGUUAGAAUUCAAACCUCAGUCAAAUCUUACUCAAUGUUCACUUGACUUACCACAAAAUCAAUAUAUGGCAUCUGAGGUGAUAACCAUAAUUUUCAGCUUCAUCAUCCCUAUUAUCAUUAUUUCCUUCUGCACUGUCAGAAUUUUUCAGUCACUGAAUAACAGGCUAAUGGAGGGUUUAAACUCUAAGAAAAUGGAGCAGAAGGCUACCACUCUCAUCCUGGCAGUUCUCCUGGCAUUCCUGAUCUGCUGGGUGCCAUUCCACGUGACAAAGAUACUAGAUGUGCUCCAAAACACUGGCAUUCUGAAAUGCCACAUCACACUGACCAUCGUCCAACAGAUCUCUACGUACUUUGCCUUCUUCAACAGUGUCCUUAACCCCAUUCUCUACGUCAUUGCUGGAAAUAACUUCAGAAGAAGAACUAAGGAACUCUCCAAGCAGUGGAACAAUAAGACUACAGAAACAUUCAGCCUCAUGUCAACUCGCAUAACGACUCUGAGGCUGACAAAGUCUCAAGCUACUCUCUGAUCUUUUGAGUUUUGAUGUGUGCUUUGGUUAUUUUAAAUUAACUGGGUAAUUAUUCACCCAAGCAUGAGAAAAAAAUUUUUUUAGGCAAUCUAAAUAUAUAGGGUUUAUUUAACAUUGUUCAUUACACUGUAUCUCCAGAAAGUAGUAGUAAGGUUUGAGUGCCUUGAGGGGUGCUGCUAUUUUUUUCCCCUAAUUCUAUGCACAUACAAUACCAGGCA